CAUUCGCUUUUACAUUUGAGUGCUCUGGGUUCGUUUUCUGUCUGUUCUUCUUCAAGUCUCGAAGUAGGAAAUCGACGCUAUGGGAAAGGCAUACCCAACAGUGAGUGAGGAAUACAAGAAGGCCGUUGAGAAAUGCAGGAGGAAGCUCAGAGGAGUCAUCGCUGAGAAGAACUGUGCUCCGAUUGUUGUUCGAUUGGCAUGGCACUCCGCUGGGACCUUUGAUGUUAAAACAAAGACGGGAGGUCCAUUUGGAACCAUCAAGCACGCACAGGAGCUUGCUCACGGGGCGAACAACGGUCUUGACAUUGCUGUCAGGCUUCUUGAACCUAUUGAGAAGCAGUUCCCGAUCCUCUCGUAUGCAGAUUUCGUUCAGUUGGCUGGAGUUGUUGCUGUGGAAGUGACUGGAGGACCUGAGAUUCCUUUCCAUCCCGGGAGAGAGGACAAGCCUGAGCCACCCCCAGAAGGGCGUCUGCCUGAUGCUACAAAGGGUGCGGACCAUUUGAGGGAUGUCUUUGGACACAUGGGUCUUGGCGACAAGGAGAUUGUUGCUCUUUCUGGUGCCCAUACUCUGGGAAGAUGCCACAAGGAGCGCUCUGGGUUCGAAGGACCUUGGACUGCUAACCCGCUUGUAUUUGACAACUCCUACUUCACGGAACUGAUUACUGGGGAGAAGGCAGGCCUUCUGCAGUUGCCAACAGAUAAGGUCCUUGUAGAAGAUCCAUCCUUCCGCCCCUAUGUUGAAAAAUAUGCUAAGGAUGAGGAUGCAUUCUUUGCUGACUAUACCGAAGCCCAUCUUAAUCUUUCUGAGCUUGGAUUUGCUGAUGCGUAGUCAGAGAAAGCUUCGGUUUAAUCCUGGAUUA